AUGCAAUUGGAAGACUUAUCCAAUGAUUUAUUUUUGGAUAUUUUCGAUUAUUUGCAUGCUUUGGAUCUUUUCAUGGCAUUUUCUUCACUCAAUAAACGUAUUUCAUUGAUUCUAUCUUCAACUCAACUUCAUGUUAUUAUCUCAAAAUUACAUUGUCGUUAUCAAUUGAAAAUUCUCUCAUCUCAUCUUACUAAUCAUGCUCGCAAAGUCAUUUCUCUUUCACUUGAAGAUAAACUUCGUGAUCGCUCAUCAAUUAUUCCUUUUCUUUUCAAACAACAUACAUUUAUUAAUCUGCGAUCAUGUGAAUUUUUCUCAAUUUGUUCAUCAUCGAAACUCGACCACGCCAUUGAACAACUUACAACUCUAACCAAACUUCAAUCGUUUCGAAUACAACAAUCACAUAGCAAACCAUUAUCUGAUCAAUUCAAACGAAAAUUAACCGAAACCAUUUUAAAACAUAAAUUAUCAAAUCUUCACUCCAUUAAACUCAUAAUUCGUUAUGAUUAUCCAUAUUUAGCUGCUAAUAUUACUAUUAAUUGGACAUUGACAUUACUUUCUAUCAUGUUUUAUGGUUCAUCUAAUCUUUGUUCGAUCUACAGUAUUCUAUCCAUUCUUCGUACUUAUCGUGUAUUGCGAAAGUUAUAUGUAACGAUUAUUGAUAGUAAUGAAUCGAAUACACAUCACGCAAAUGCGCCAAUACUUCGUUCUAUCGAUGAGGACAAUAUACCUAUGGCCUCGUAUUUGAAAUUAUUCAAUUUGCAUAUUAGCACAAAGUGCGAUUUUGAUUCAUUAAAUCGAAUUCUACGUUAUAUGCCUAAUCUUCAUCAAUUUAUUAUCUCAAUCGAAAAUUCACGAUUUAUAUCAUCUUCUUGGAAUCAUUUAUUAAAUGGUCAUAAUUGGCAACAAUUGUUAACAAACUAUCUACCUCAUUUAGAUGUAUUUGAUCUUUUUAUAACUGUGUUUAUUCAUCGAAAUUCUCCAGUAUUAGAUAUGAAGGCUGUAGUCCAUUCAUUUGAAUAUUUUUCAGCAAAAUAUGAUGAUUGGUCUAUAAAAAUUAAUCAAUCACGGUUCACUCAACAAGUUGAAUUACAUGCAUUAAGAUGUUCGAAAGCAUUACGAUAUCAGUAUGUUAAUCUUCGACGAACAGUUCUUGAUACAAUCAAUAUGUAUUCAACAGCAAUAACAAAUGCACAAAUGCAAGCAUUUUAUUAUGGUACUGUCCGUUUACAAAUUGACAUACCUCUAAACAGUACAUUUUCAAACAAUCUACUAAUGUUUUCACCAUAUCAAAAUAUUAAUGAUCUCGUCAUUCGAAUUGAACCUUUGAGAACUAGUUUAUGGAAUACUAUGACACAAUUAAUUGGUAUCUAUGAUACACAUAUUGAAAGAAUGAAACAAAAAGAAUAUUUUGACCAGCUUGCACGUCUCGUUGAUUUAAAUUACAUAACUACGUUAGAAUUCGAUCCAAUGAUUGAUCUAUCUCAACUAUAUUUUAUCGAACAAGCUUUAUUGACAAGUCCAAACAUGAUUUAUCUAACAAUUCCUACACGCUUAUUUUUAUCUCGACUUAUAUUCGAUAGUCCAUCACUUAUUGAUUGUUUUCGUCGAUUACAAUCACUUAAUGUAACAAGUGAACAUGUAAAUUUUACGGUGAAAGAUGUAUUAAAAUUAAUUGAAAAAUGUCCAUUACUCAUUCAUAUCGAGUUACGAAGUUUUUCAUUUAAUAUAUGUUUAUCGAUUGUUGAUAUUCUUCUUGGUGGUUUAUCUAAUUUAAUUCAUAUGAAAAUCCAUUUUAACACACAUAUAUUAUGUAAUAAUCCAUGUUCAAUUGAUUACAUCGUAGGAAGACGUCAUCGAAUAUUUCCAUAUCAUAUUUGCAAGAAAAAUGAAAUCUAUGUUAAAGUUCAUAGACAAUACUUUGAAUGUUAUCUUAGUGGUUGUGCAAUAUGUGCAAAAGAGACAUGUUACGUUUGA